UUCUCCCAUGUGAAGGACUGUGAGACUAAAACAGGUCUGAGAGUCCUUCCAUCAUUACAGUCAGUUUUCCAGUCUGGUCCUCCAGUCUGGAUCAUAAACCUCUCAGAGAGAAAGACCUCCAUCCUCCUGGAAGUGCUGAAACUCCAAUCAGAGAAGAAACAAGUGGAACUGACAGACUGGUCAAAUGAAGAGAGUGAAGUGAGGAGUUUCCUGCAGUGUCUGCCUUAUAUCUCACAUUUGAGCUGUGGUCCAGACUUCUUCCAGAGUGUGUGUUCAUCCAUCUCUGUCAGAUCCAGACAGGAGGUCCAGCAGCUGGUGUCUCUGCUGCAGCUCCUGGACUUCAAGCUGCUGUUAACAAGAACGUUAUCCAGGAAGAUCUGCUGCUCUGUGGGGAAAGUUCUUCAACGGUGUGGAUCUGAAGUGGAUCUCACCCUCACAGCAAAGAAGAUGUCUGUCAGAAGAGCCUCCCUGCUCUUCAGAAACACAACACACCUGCACAGUCUGAGGCUUUCUAAUGCCAUGGCCUUGCUCCUGUUUCAGUGGGUCAGAAGAGGCAGACCUUCCCAUCCACUGACUAUUGAAAAGCUUUCUCUUGAGCCUCAGACAUCCCAGCCUUCAGAGAGACUGUUGUUGAAGGUUGUCAGUAGUUUGUCUUCCCUGCUGAGAUCCUGUUCAGUCAGAGAGUUGGAGCUCACUGAGUCCUGCAUCCCUGUUCAGUGUCUCAUUCCACUGCUGCUUCAUGAUGGACCUCCAACACUCAAACUGAGUGGAGAUUACCUGCAGCAGCUGCUGGUCCUCCUCCAUGAAGUCCAGGACCAGGACUUGACGUUGUCCUCGUUGAGGAAGCUUGGUGGAGACCUGACCUCCUGCAGCCUGAACUGGGAUCUUCUUCACUAUCUGCUGCAGCAUUCUCCAUCUCAGACCUUCACUGUGAACCUGAGGAAGAACCGCUCCUUACAAGAGAGCGUCGCUCGUCUGCUUCCCUUUCUGGACAGGAUUGUGUUUAAAAGGCCCAGUCCCAGCUUCGUGAUGACUUCCAUCACAGAGCUGUACAGAGUCCAGGCCAGUCACAUGGUCCCCAGCUUGCUGAGGUCAUUGGAUCAUGUGAUCAACCUGAGCUGCAGAGAGCUGGACUCAGUGGACUCUGCUGCUCUGCUCUUCACCCUCAGACACAGUGACGGAGUUAAACUGAACCUCCUCUGGACCUCCAUCCCAGAGGAGGGAACACGGUCCAUCCUCUCUGUGCUGGACAGAGUUUGUCAGCUCAGUGUUGACAGGAAUCAGCUGCUGAGGUUCAUCCACUGCUGUGCUGCCUCUGACGGCCAGCAGGAGGCAGCGUCCGGCCUGCUGAGGACUCUGCAGCAGCGCUUGGAUCUGUCCUGUGGGUCCUGUGUGGAUCUACCAGAGGAGGAUCAGCCUGAGCCUCUGAGUCUGACUGCUGAUGACUGCAGGGCCGCAUCCAUGGUCCUGAAACACUGCAGCCGGGACACUCAGCUCCUCCUGCAGGACUGUGAGGUGGAGGACGGAGGACUGGACCUGCUGUUUGCUGUCCUGGACAGGGUCCGCCUCAGAGUCAGUCAAAGUGUCCUCCUCCAGCUGCUGUCCCUGCUUCCCGUCCACUCUGAGAGGGACACGGUGAGACGGGCCCAGUCCCUGUGUGGAGCUCUGGGUGGAGAGCUGGACCUGAGUCACAGCACACUGGACCAGAGGGUCUGUGGAGGUCUGGUCCAGAUGCUGGACUCCUGUGAAGGACUGACGGAGCUGGACCUCAGUCACUGUCAGCUCAGCGACCAGCUGCUGCUGCCCCUCAUCACACAUCUGCACAAAGUCCAGGUCCUGGAUCUGAGCCACAAUCAGAUCACAGAUGCUUCCACAGAUGUGCUCCUCCAGCUGCUCUCCAUCCACUCCUCCAUCCACACUGUGCGACUCUUCGGCAACAAAAUCGAGGACAGAAAACCCUUUGAGAAGCACAAGCAGGUUGAAAUCUGGUGAAGCAGGCAGGAGGUCAUGUGAUCAUCAGAGGAGCUGUUGGAUGUCCUCAAUGAAAGCGUUUUCUCCUGGUGAUGAGAUGAAAAUAAGGAGUCCAGUGCAGGAACCAACACUCAGUGAUCAUCAGAGACAUUAGAGUAAACCAGCCUCCAUAGUUACCUCCUUAGAUUUUCUGUUUUUAUGUAAUAAAUAAGACGACAUUUUAUCUGGAGGCGACGAGCAGCCAGCAGCUUUUUUAAAACUUUGUGACAUAUCUAUUGUUUAAUUGUUUGUUUGGUACCAUGCAAUGGUCAUCUCAUGCUCCUACAUCUUUAAAUUCUUUUUGUAUUGUGACAAAGCAAAGAGAGGCCAUAACUGUUAAUGUGUGAACAGAUCAAACUGAUGUUUUUUUCUAUUUUUAUAACUGUGUUUACUCUGGGUUGAAGUGUCAAUCAUCUAUGAUUUAUGGUCUAUCUGCAGUGUUUUUGUGUAAAAGUUUACAUAUAUGUUAAUGAAAUGAG